AUGACAUUUACUGGCUUCUUUAUCAUCUGUAUGCUGAUAAACAUGCUAACAGAUGCCCGAUCCAUCCAGGAUGGAGAUGAUCCCUACCAGGAUGCCGCAGCCUUGCCCUACUGGCCCUUCUCAUCCAAUGAUUUCUGGUCCUAUGUGGAAUAUUUCCGGACCUUGGGAGCCUACAACAGGAUCAAUGACAUGGCCAGAGCCUUCUUUGCCCAGUUCCCUUUUGGGAGCCACCUUGGAUACCACGUGCGUGACCACGAGCACUGAGAGCCUCGCUCAGCUUUGCCAGAGCUGCUGCCCAGGUGUUUGGGUGAGCACCUGCCUGCCACUGAACACACCUGGGCUGCCCUCACCUGCUUUCUGACACCACAGUCAUGUGCAGCAUUUUAUGGCUUCAGUGAGUCUCUU